AUGGCUCUGCUGGGGCUGCUCGUGCUGCUGGCCCUGGCCUGGCCCGUGGGGGCCACCUGGGACACCUGCAGAGGCACCUGCGGGCUCCGGCCCUUGGCUUUCGACCACAGCUCGCUGGUUGUGGACUACGACCCCUCGGAGGGUGACUACGGAACCUGGGGCCCUUCUGAGGGCGCUUCCCUCGUCAAGGACGGCCCCGGUGUCCCCCCAGGCACCUGGCCUGGCAUCGUCAGCGUCAGGGCCACCAUGGAGAAUGGCACGUGGCACAUGUGCUCGGGGGCACUCAUCCACCCCCAGUGGGUGCUCACAGUCGCACAUUGCUUCAUCAAAGUUAGGGACGUCUCCCCGUGGACGGUGCUGGUUGGAGCCACAGACCUGGCCCAGCCAGGCCCCGAGUCCAAGCAGCACCGAGUCAAGAGCAUCCAGGUGCACGAGAAAUACGAUCCUCAGUCGGAGUGGAACAACAUCGCCCUGCUGGAGCUGGACCAUGCCGUGGAGUGCAGCGACUACAUCCAGCUGGCCUGCGUGCCCGACAGCUCCCUGCCUGUGGCCGAGCUGAAAACCUGCUACAUUGCGGGCUGGAGAGCAGCCCCACACAGUGACCCGAGCACGGGCACGAUGCUGCAGGAGGCCAAGGUGCGGCUCAUGGACGUCCAGCUGUGCAACAGCAGCCGCUGGUACGGGGGGGCCGUGCACCCCCAGGACCUGUGCGCGGGGUACCCGCGGGGCGGCAUCGACACCUGCCAGGGUGACAUCGGGGGACCCCUGGUGUGCAAGGACAACAUUGGUGACUACUUCUGGCUGGUGGGACUGGCCAGCUGGGGCCAGGGCUGCGCAGGUGACAAGCGGCCCGGGGUGUUCACGUCCACCCAGCACUUCCACAACUGGAUCCAGGUGCAGAUGGGAUUGGAGUUCCUGGUGUUCCUGCAGGACAAAAUGGAUUGA